AUGAAGCAGGCAUGCCUGCAGCUGCUCAUGGUGGCCUUCCAGGCCACGCUCAUCACCAUGUCAUCAUCUGCAGGUUUGCAGUAUGAUUUCUACAGCUCGUCGUGCCCAAAUGCCGAGCAGACGGUGAGGAAUGUUGUCAAUGGCAUGAUCGACGCCGACCCGACCAUGCCCGCGGCCUUUCUUCGCUUGCUCUUCCAUGAUUGCUUUGUCAUGGGCUGUGAUGCCUCCAUCCUCCUGGAUCCCACCAAGGCCAACGGUCAGCCGGAGAAGACGGCCAUCCCCCUGCGCGGCUACGAGGCUGUGAACAAGAUCAAGGCGGCCGUGGAGGACGUCUGCCCGGGGAAGGUGUCGUGCGCCGACAUCCUGGCCUUCGCCGCGCGCGACUCGGUCGCCAGGUCGGGCGGCUUCACCUUCCCCAUCCCGUCCGGGCGGCGCGACGGCACCGUGUCCUCGGCGUUCUCCGUCUUCUCGGGCAUCCCCUCGCCGUUCUUCAACGCCCAGCAGCUGAUCGACAGCUUCGCCGCCAAGAACCUGAGCGUGGACGACCUGGUGGCGCUCUCCGGCGCGCACUCCAUCGGCGUGUCGCACUGCUCGGCGUUCGCCAACCGGCUUCGCCCCACGGUGGACCCGUCGCUGGACCCGGCGUACGCGGCGCAGCUGAAUGCGACGUGCCCGGCCGGCGGCGCCGACCGGGCGGUGAACAACAGCCCCGUGGCGCCCGACGCGCUGAGCAACCAGUACUACCGGAACGCGCUGGCCGGGCGGGUGCUGCUCACGUCGGACGCGGCGCUGCUGACCCGGGGCGACACGGCGGCGAGGGUGAACGCGAGCGCGGCCGACGCGACGGCGUGGAUGGUGCGGUUCGCGGCGGCGAUGGUGAGGAUGGCCGGCGUCGAGGUGCUCACGGGGGCGCAGGGGGAGGUCAGGAGGCUCUGCAACGUCACCAACAGCUAAGAUGUCUUCGCACGCGCGUGCAUUUAGGCCGCAUGGCAGGUCUCAAGUCCAACGACGCAUGAACACUUACCUCCUGUAACACUAUGGUUGGAUUUCACACAAUUUUAAAAAUAUUUAUUUAUGUUUCUUCUUUUUGCGAGGACAAAAGGAAAGAAAAAUAGAUAAAUAUUUUAUUAUUUUUCUUCCGUUUGCUUGCCAAAGAGAAGGGUAUCACUGGGAGUGUUGUUUUCUUUGUAAUGCUACAUACCGAUUUUCAUUUGGGUACCACUUACCUGAUGUAAUUGCUGGACUUCACACAAAAAUAUUUCUUAGUUUGCUGGUU